AUGCAGUCGCCUCCCGCCCUCCACGUCGACGCGCGCGACGUCAUCCGCCUCAUCCUCCAGUUCCUGCGGGAGCACCGUCUGUUCCACGCCCUGCGCGCGCUCCAAGACGAGACCCACGUGGCACUCGACGCCGUGGACUCGGUCGAGUCUCUCAUUAGUGAUAUCACUAAUGGGCGCUGGGACCUCGUGCUGCAGCAGACCCAGACCCUAUCGGUCGCUCCUGCGGUUCUCACAGACCUCUACGAGCUCGUGGUGCUCGAGCUGCUGGACGCGCAGGAGCUGGACGUGGCCCACGCGCUGCUGCGCCAGACGCCGGUGCUCGUGGCGAUGAAAGCAACGCAGCCAGAGCGGUUCAAGCGGCUGGAAGAGGGGAGGGGCGACAUCUUGGGGAAGGGCGACAUGUUGAUGAAAAACGCGCAUGGCGCGAGUCGACAAGAACGACGAGAGGAGGUCGCCCAGCUGAUCCGCAGUGCAGUGUCGACGGUCGAGCCGUCUCGUCUGCUGGUGUUACUGGGGCAGGCGCUCAAGUGGCAAGAAGUGCAGGGGUUGAUUGCGUCGGGAGAGGAGGUGGAUUUAUUCCAACAGGGAGGUUUGAAGCAGGAGACGGUGGAUCGUGUGGAGCAAAUCGUGCGGCGACCAGCGGGGAAGAUGAAGUUCAGUCAGGCGUCGAUGCCGCAGUGUGCGCAGUUCAGUCGGGAUGGACGGAUGCUCGUGACGGGGGCAAAAGACGGAUUCGUGGAGGUCUGGGAUGUCGACAAGUGCGCGCUGCGGAAGGACCUUGAGUACCAAGCAAAGGACGAGCUGAUGAUGCAUUCGGCGAGUGUAACAGCGGUAGUCUUUAGUCGGGAUGGAGAGCUGCUGGCAACAGGCAGUGAAGAUGGUUCUGUCAAGGUGUGGAAGGUUUCUACCGGCACGUGUCUGCGAUGUUUUGACACUGCGCACACGGAGAGCAUUCAAAGCGUCAUGUUCUCACGGGAUGGCACACAGGUGCUAACGGCUUCGUUUGAUCAUCUCGUCCGCAUUCAUGGUCUCAAGUCGGGGCAGACCCUAAAAGAGUUUCGUGGUCACCAGAGCUACGUCAAUACAGCCGUCUUUACUUCCGACGACAGCAAAGUUCUUUCGACGUCGAGCGACGGGACACUGAAGAUCUGGAACACAAAGACGACCGAGUGUCUGCAGACAAUCGAUCCGCCUCACGAGUCUUACAAUACUGAAGUCGAUGUCGUGAGUGCGUUGCUCAUACCAAGCACGUCUGGAAUGGGCGAGGAUAUCAUCAUAUGCACGCGUGCGAGCAACAUGUAUCGUGUGUCCAUGGCAGGAGACGUGGUGACGACAUACAAAGGAGAUCCUUUCGAGGACAAGAAAGUUGGCAACUUUGUUGCUUGUACGCUGUCGAUGCGUGGCAAAUGGUUGUACGGUGUGACCGACAAGGGGUUCAUCGUGAGCUUCACCGCCGCAACAGGUGAACUCGAAUCCUCUCUGCAGAUUUGCAACGCCGAUGCGUUCGGCAUUGCUCAUCACCCCCACCGCAACAUUGUGGCGACGUAUGGAAGUGACCGACGCGUUCGACUAUGGAGAGCGUGA